CUUUUUACUGGCAACAUAAAAGAAAGAGCAAGAUUUGGGUGACGAACGGGAUAUAACAUGACCCAGUCUGUUGUAGUUCAAAUUGGACAGUGUGGAAACCAGAUCGGUUGUCGCUUUUGGGACCUGGCUUUGCAAGAGCAUGCCCAUUACAACCAAAGCGGAUUGUAUGACGACACCACCGGCACCUUUUUUCGCAAUGUGGACUCGGUGAGCUGGAAUGGGGUCUGUUGUGGUUCUGCUAGUGGGAGAAUCCAUCAGCUGAAAGCGAGAGCGGUGCUGCUGGACAUGGAGGAGGGUGUGAUCGGUGAGUUCCUGAAAGGGCCUUUGCGAGAGCUUUUUGACAGCACUCAGCUCCUCACGGGCGUGUCAGGUGCGGGCAACAACUGGGCAGCUGGCCACCUGACUUACGGUUCGACCUAUAAGGACGAGAUUGUGGAUCAGCUGAGGAGGGCAGCAGAGCAGUGUCACUGUCUGCAAUCCUUUUUUCUGAUCCACUCAAUGGGAGGAGGUACAGGUUCAGGGCUCGGGACCAAAGUACUGCGCCUUCUUAAGGAUGAAUUUCCCGAGGUGUGUCGCAUUGUCAUACCUGUCUGUCCAUCUGUGGAUGACGAUGUCAUUGUGUCACCCUACAACAGUAUGCUGGCCAUGAGAGAGCUCACAGAGAAUGCUGACUGUGUUCUGCUGGUAGAGAACCAGGCACUGGUGGACAUUUUGAACACGGAACACGCAUGCCAUGGCACACAACACGCGAAAGGCAACAUCACCUCAGCAAAGGACAGGCUGACGGGCUCUGAAAAGCCUUUUGAUGCUAUGAAUGACAUUGUUGCUAACAUGCUACUCAACCUUACCAGUUCUGCCCGUUUUGAGGGUUCCCUCAAUAUGGAUCUGAAUGAAAUUGCCAUGAACCUGGUUCCUUUCCCUCGAUUACACUAUCUGGUUCCAAGUCUAAGUCCUGUCUACAGACUUGCGCGGGUCAGCCACCCGAUAAGAAGAAUGGACAAGCUCUUUAGCGAUGUCUUCAGCAAAGGCCACCAGUUGAUCAAAGCAGAGCCAAAGCGCAGUCUCUACUUUGGCUGUGCCCUCAUGCUUAGGGGGGAUGCUCAAGUGUCAGACCUGCGCAGGAAUAUUGAGAGGUUAAAGCCCACGGUGCGCUUUGUGUCAUGGAACCCGGAAGGCUGGAAGACAAGUCUUUGUUCUGUGCCCCCUGUUGGUCUCUCUCAAUCCCUGUUAGCCCUGGCCAACACUACUACUAUCAAAUCCACAUUCAUGGAGAUGAGAGAACGAUUCCAAAAACUUUAUCGGAAGAAGGCACACUUACAUCAUUACCUCGAAGUCGAUGGGAUGGAGGAGAGUUUAUUCUCAGAGGCCGUAACAUCCCUCGACGCUUUGAUUGAGAAGUACCGUGAUCAGGAAGCUGGUGCAGGGAAAUUCAUGCCCGUUCCAGAAAGAUUAAAAGUUGCUUAAUGCAAUACAACUGACAUUUCGUGAUACUAAUGAAUAUAGCAUCGCAUGUGAGUAGCUCAGUGUGCGGCAACAACACUUGGAUGGACAAGAAUGAAUUCAUACAAUGUUUCAGGCAUGAAUGUAAACCUGCUUAGGCAAUGGCAAGAUCUCUAGCUUGAAGAUGGGAUUGGUUACAUUAUAGGCAUAAAUAAGAUUAUUUCCCCAUAAAAUAUUAAAUUUCUACAAAAGAUGUGUCAGUCCUUUUACGUGUAGUAACUUACAGCAGAUCUGCCACAUCCAAUAUGGCGGCCGUGCUGACGUAUAAUAGCCACGGACUGAUCUGUUCAAGGUAAGUACGUAAAAAUUGUCCAUAGUGCUAAAUAGGCUUAUUUACAAUUGGUCAAAUCAGAGUUCGUCACGAGAUUCAUGUUACAUGUUGAUUAGAUUCCAAAUCAGCAUUUUAAAAUACAGAGUUUUGACACAUUUUUAACGUAUUAUAACAAGAGUAAGCGCUAUCGUGUAUCUUUUUAACCUGUAGUGAACAGGGACACGUAUGUACAUUUUUUUCAGACCUGUAAAUAGCUUCUGCACAAUUGUCAAUCCGCUCUUAAAAUAGCAAGAAUAAUUUUAAAUACAUUUAAUUCUAAAAUUGAUAUCUAGAUCUUUGGAAUUCCGGUUGUCAUGAAUGCGUCAUGACGAGCACACGGAAAAGUGCCUCGCGCAGGCCACCAGGCUAGGCUAGCUAGGUAGUCAAGUACGACACUGCGCAAGCGGUGCGCUAACAUGUUUUAAUUGUGGAUGGCUACAUUAACGCGCAUUUAAAGUUA